CUCCACUCUUCGCUCCCUUCCACCCAUUCCAACCCCCCGACCACAAUUUCACCUCGCGUUUGUCUUGCGAAGCCCCAACAACCGCGACCAUGAGGCAAGGCGCGUCUUUCGACCUGGUCGCUCUCGACCCCACCGCGCGCAGCGUGCUCGACGAUGCGGACGCCGAGGCCGAGCCGGCCCGGCGAGCGCAGCACGACUCGCGCUCGACCUCGUCCGCCAGCUCGCCCGCUCCUCCCGAAAAUGAAGAGUCCGACUUCUUCGUGGCCGGCAACGACUCCCAGUCGUCCCUCGGCGUGCCGAACCUCCAAGACAUGCAGGUCGCGGACGACGCGUGCCUUUCGCCCUUCAACCGUCUGCCGAACGAAAUCCUAAUAGCCAUCUUCGCUCGGCUGAGCAGCCCCGCGGAUCUUCUCCGCAUCAUGAAGGUCUGCAAGCGCUGGGCCCGCAACGCCGUCGAGAUACUCUGGCACCGCCCGUCGUGCACAACGUGGGAGAAGCACGAGCGCAUCUGCCGGACCCUGGCUCUGGAGCACCCGUACUUCUCGUACCGCGACUUUGUCAGGCGCCUGAACUUGUCUGCGCUCGCUGCAAAGGUCAACGACGGCAGCGUCAUGCCCUUGGCUGCGUGCACCCGAGUCGAGCGCCUUACCCUGACCGGGUGUAGCAACCUAACGGACUUGGGGCUCAUCGCCCUCGUCUCGAACAAUAGCCAUCUCUACUCUCUUGACGUCUCGCUUGGCUCCUCGUCAUCGUCAUCCUCGGAGGUCGUCUUUCAUGACCACAUCACGGAGGCCUCGAUCGAUGCCAUCUCCGCCAACUGCCCGCGCUUGCAAGGCCUCAACGUGUCGGGUUGCCACAGGAUUGCCAACGAGAGCUUCAUCCAGCUGGCCCACAGCUGCAGGUACAUCAAGAGGCUCAACAACUGCCCCCAACUCUCCGAUGACGCUGUUCUCGCCUUCGCGGAACAUUGCCCCAAUAUUCUCGAGCUGGACCUCAACCAGUGCCGGCAACUCACCAACGAACCGGUGACGGCGCUGUUUACCAAGGCCAGGGCCCUUCGCGAGUUCCGCCUCGCCGGCUGCGACUUGAUCGACGAUGCUGCCUUCCUUUCGCUCCCGCCGGGCAGGCGUUUUGAACAUCUGCGCAUUCUCGACCUCAGCUCCUGCACGAGGCUCACGGACCGGGCCGUUGAGAAGAUCACCGAGGCGGCGCCGAGGCUUCGGAACUUGGUGUUGCAGAAGUGCCGCAACCUCACCGAUGCCUCUGUCUAUGCCAUCUCCCGGCUUGGAAAGAAUCUCCACUAUCUUCACCUGGGCCACUGCUCGCUCAUCACCGACGAGGCGGUCAAGCAUCUCGUCUCCUCGUGCAACCGGAUGCGAUACAUAGAUCUUGGCUGCUGCACGCGCCUCACGGAUGACUCGGUGACCAAGCUGGCCGCCCUUCCAAAACUCAAAAGGAUCGGGCUCGUCAAGUGCGCCAGCAUUACCGACGCCAGCGUCAUCGCCCUGGCAAAUGCGAACCGACGACCGCGGCUGCGCAAGGACUCGUUCGGCAAUAUGAUUCCGGGGGAAUACAGCAGCAGCCAGAGCUGCCUGGAACGGGUCCAUCUGAGCUAUUGCACCAACCUGACGCAGGAGAGCAUCAUCCGGCUUCUUAACUCCUGCCCUCGGUUGACUCACCUCAGCUUGACAGGGGUCCAAGCCUUUCUCAGAGACGAUCUGGAGGACUUCUCGCGAGAUGCGCCGCCCGAAUUCACUGAACAUCAGCGGUCGGUCUUCUGCGUAUUCUCGGGUCAGGGGGUUGUCGGUCUGCGCAGGCAUUUAAAUCAGCUUCGGCAGGCGCAGCUUCCCCCGCGCGAUGGGUCCCAUGCGAAUGAGACCAUCUUCCCUGACAUGCCCGUGGCGACAGCGGGUUUUUCCCAUCUCCAGACCAACGAAGGAGGCUUUGAUGAUCCAGAGGCUGACGCGAUAGACGAAGACGACGGUCUUGAAGAUGGGUCUGAGAUGGUUAUUGACCCGCAGCCACUGCUCAACAACCAGAACCCCGCAAUUCCCCCGCUGCCGCCGACCCAGUCGAUGCCGCAGGACAGCGAGCCCGUCAGCCCGACCAAUCCCAUCCCCUACGUGAGCGGUCAUCCGCCUUACCUCCCACACCGGGUAGUCCCGCCGCAACCGCCGACCCUCCAAGCGCCGCAGCCAGAGGCGUCGACGUCGCAGGAAAGCGCUUCUGCAAAUCCGAAUGAUCCUUUCGCGAAUACUCCCCUGUGAGCCCGGAUGAUCCCUUUGCAUACGUGAGCGGGCACCCGCCAUACAUCCCCAGGCGGGUUCCAAUUCCCGACAAGAUUGUGCCACUUCCCGCACUGCCGGAGCAACCGCCGCCCGAAUCUCAGGCGGCAUCAUCAGCACAAGAUGUGGAGGAUGACGACCCUGUGAGCCCAGAUGAUCCCUUCGCCUACGUGAGCGGCCACCCGCCUUACGUUCCACGACGAGUUCCGAUCCCGGACA